CUUAAUCAAAUGACGUCACGUUAAGUCACACAUGGCUGACAGGCUGAAUAAUUUAAACUUUCAAAUUUUGGACUAUUGGAAAAAGAACUAAAGGCCUAGGGAGGCAAAUACAUAAGUUAUAUAUAGAAAAAAGACGGAUCAUGCCAGCUGCAAUAUACGUAAAGGAGGGUGACGAUGAUGUCAAUAACAUUCAAAUAGUUACCGGAGGCAAUGAGCAACAGCAAAUAGAAAAAGAGAAAGGUGUAGGCCUAGCUGCCAAAUUUGCGGCCCAAGGUUCGGGUGAUACAAACAAGGAAAGAAACAAUGCACAGCAAGAUCUUAGAAAUACAUGUAAUACAACGAGUUCCCAACAAAUAUCAGGAGAGGCUAUUGGUUCAACUUGUCAACUUGGCACUGAAUCGCAAACCGAUGCAAAUGAGAGUAAAACAUCGCGGUUCAAUGAUAGGCUUCAGUUUGAAGAAUCUGCUAUUUUAGACGAACUGAAGCGCGAUGGAUUGGUAUCAAAAGUUAAAGUGAAGAACUCUAACACAACGAAAAGUUUGAAAAUACUCGAUCAGUUGAGAGCAAUGGGAAUAGUGCACGAAAGCAAAGGAGGUGUUGAAUUCACAAUAACAAUCGCCAAUGGCACCACAGAACAAUGCACAAGAAAACCACCACUGAGACUCACAACAAUAACCAAAGAAACUCCCAACAUGUUGAAGAAACGAUUGCACAUGAAGCAAGAGAAGGCAGAGAAAACGAAACAAGAGCAAGUGUUAAAACGUCAGAAGAAAAUAUUUGAACGCCAACAUCGUUUUGAAGAAGUAAAACAAAGACAUAUGAUGCAAGAAUUUCAAUUUAAUGACACUGUUAUCCAUAGCAAACAGGAGAAGGCCGACAGAUUAAGACAAGAACAAGAGUUCAACCGAAAAAAGAAAAUACUGGAACGCCAACAACGUUUUGAAGAAGUAAAAUUCAGAAGAAUGGAACGAGAAUUUCAAUCCAAUGGCGACAAGAGUGAAGAUGUUUCAAAUAAUGCCGUUAAUAAAAAUGGUGCAAAACCAAAAGAAAUAUCGAAAUUCGUUCGGGAUAUUGGAUCGAAUCUUGAAUUAUUGUAGAAUGUGAAUCAUUUUAAUAAUGGAUAUGUAAUAUUCACAACUGGGAAGUAAUCCCAUAUUAUUCAGCAUCUGGUCGACUUUGGUAUCACCUUGUUAAACAUGUUAAUCUUUUAAAAUGGAAAUUUAUAUGUAUAAUAUGAUAAUGUUACAAUAUAUUUACAUGUUUUUGAUAGUGAAUUCACUUUGUUGUUUAGAAGUGUUGUUUACAAGUUGAACUUUUCCACACAUUAUCAUUAACUCUGAAUAUGAUUAUCCCGGCGGCUCCUCCGUGUAAAGUGAAGUUCGUAGUCACUUUAGUGCAAGAUGUUAAUGUUCAUAAAAG